UUCUUAUAUAAAUUUGAUUUCUGUUGAUCCCAAUACUAGCUGUAGCUAGUGUCUUUCUUUGGUAGAAUUAUUGGUAGAAUUAAAUUAUUGGUAGAAUUAAAUUACAAUAAAUUAAGUCCUUAUAUAUAGCUACCAAAGGAUCCCUCUAUUUCCUUUUUACAUUUACAUUUUCUAUAUUUCUUUUCCCCAGCUUUCUUACUUAGAGGUCGCAUUUGCAAGCUAUGAAGUUGGUUGAAAUGCCAUAAUCAUCAUUUCAAAAGAUCAAGCACAGCUUAUUAAUUAGAUAGCUCUCAAAUGGAUUAUGAACCUCCAUUUCUUGAGACCUACAAGACCCUUUUGCAAAAACACCUUGUGGACUCAAAAAAUGAUUCCUGCUCUAUGGUGGAGACAUGUGAGUUACCUUUGAUUGAUCUUGGGAGGUUAAAUCUUCAACAUCCUGAGAGAGAAGAAUGCAUUAAAGAAAUCAGUGAAGCUGCUCGGGAGUGGGGUUUCUUUCAGGUUGUUAAUCAUGGGAUUUCAAAGGAGUUGCUAGAGAGCAUGCAGUUUGAGCAAACGAAAGUGUUCUAUAAACCUUUUGUGAAUAAGUCUACACAAUUUGACUUCAGUUUAUCAGACAAAACCUACAGGUGGGGGAAUCCUUCUGCUACCAAUCUGAGGCAACUCUCAUGGUUAGAAAGCUUUCAUUUUUCUCUGACAGAUGUAUCAAAGAUGGACCAGCACAAAAGUCUGAGAUCAAUGAUCGAAGCUAUUGCAACAAGAAUGGCCCACCUUGCCGAAAGCUUGGGGGAAAUCCUGGCCUGCAAACUGAACAUGAAAGCCAGCUAUUGCCGAGAGAAUUGCUUGACAAAAAGUUCUUUCAUUCGACUGAAUAGAUAUCCUCCAUGCCCUAUAUCUUCGAAGGUGUAUGGCCUAAUGCCUCACAGUGACACUAGUUUGCUUACCAUCGUAUAUCAAGACCAGGUUGGGGGAUUGCAAUUGAUGAAAGAUGGAAAAUGGGUUGAUGUCAAGCCUAAUCCACGAGCUCUUGUUGUUAAUAUUGGCGACUUAUUUCAGGCACAGAGCAAUGACAUUUACAAAAGCAUUAAACACCGAGUGGUGGCGGCUGAAAAGGUUGAGAGGUUUUCUAUUGCAUUUUUUUAUUGCCCCUCUGAGGAGGCAGUGAUACAAAGCAAUAUCACGCCACCCAUGUACAGGAAAUUCACUUUGAAGGAGUAUAGACAGCAGAAUGAGAAAGAUGUCAAGCAAACAGGCGAUAAAGUGGGCCUCUCCAGAUUUCUUCUUUAGAAGAAUAUAUAUUGAAAAAUAUUUAUCUUUUAAAGGAUUGUUAUUUUAGUUAAAAUAAUUGUAUUUCAUUUAAAAUUUAAAUUAAAAAAAAACACUUAC